CCAUAAUCAGCAUAAUCCCCAGCAAGAACUCACCGGUUUACUGAUGGUCUCAACGACGUUUCAUUCCAUGACAUCUAACCAGGCGAUUGUCAAUGGCCAGUUACAAGUACAGUGGGACGUGAACCUGGAACCCCUUGUGUCUCAGUAUGUCCAAGAUGCCGCAAUCGACAUAUUAACAGAGGACGGUAUUUUGAAGGUGCUCGACCUCGUGACUGUCCUUCUAGCUAGCAAAGUUAUUCCUUAUCUAGACAAGACGGGUAGGGUUCUCGUACAGACAUCCCCUCGCACGGCGUACGACAAAGAUGCCACCGUUGCACACGCAAAGGCUCUUAUCAGUGUCUUUGGCAAACACGGCAUAUCUAGAGAUAGGGUAUGUAUAAAAAUACCAGCCACACCUGAAAGUAUCCUUGCGUGCAAGGAGCUAGAGGAAAGUGGCAUCCGCACACUCGCAACUUGUUUGUUCUCUGUCCCGCAGGCUAUGGCAGCAUCGCAGGCGGGAUGUCUCUAUAUUGCACCUUACUUCAAUGAAUUACGAGUGCACUUUCCUGAAGGUUCCUCCUCAUACAUUGAAUACAGCGACCCCGUUCGGCAGCAUCCUAUGUCACCGAUCAUAUACUCCAUCAUCCAAGCCUUCAAAGAGAGACAAAUUAGCACGACUGUGAUGCCAGCGAGUAUCAUUACAGUAGAUGAGGCCGUUGCUCUAACAAGACUUCGUCCGCAUCAUCUGACAAUUUCGGACAGGGUUCUCGCUCUGCUCGCUGUUGCUCCCGGAAGAUCAGAUGAUGAGUUGGCCGCUGUCACAUUGAAAGUGAUCGAAGAAAAGUCUGUGUUUGAUGUUGACUAUCUGUCCAACAACGCAGCUGCCUUACAGAUUGCACUUCCAAAAGAUGCAGAAACCUCUCGAAAGAUCAAAGAAGCUCUUGAAAUAUUCGGUCGGCAGGAGGAGAAUUCGAUCCAGCUCUUGCGGAAGGCGUUGUCUACUAAUGAAGCCUAACCAGUGACCUCACAACUGAGUUCAAUUGGGUUAUCAUGUUAAUCACUUUGUAUUAUCGCAUCGAAGGGGUACAAAACAAGGUGCUAAUACAGUCACAGCGUUUGAAUUGUACAUAUCUCAAUCAGUUUUUCUACGUACGAGAAAGGGUGUACUUUCAAUUGCUCGUAUACCGACGUGACAUAUAGGCUCUCAAUUGGUAUCGUUGAUGCGAUGAAAAUCCAUGUAUAAGAAAG